UAAUGAUUUAAUUUAAGCAAAUGUAGCUCUAAGUAAUUUAAGCAGAUGUAGCUUACGUGGCUUUACACCAAACGAACGAAUGCUCGUUUGCCUAUGUUCCGAUCAAAUUGCUUGUAUUCGUGCUUGUAUCGUUGUGUUGAUUAAACGAGUAUUAGUUAAGAUAAAUGAGCGCGAAUUUAUCGGAGUAAGCUGAACGAGCAUUCGUUCGUUCAGCCACAGACGAAGACUGUGAUUAUAUGAACAACGCAAUAAUAAUAAAUGCCGAUAAUUUCGUUUAAUUGAAGUGGUAUAGUGACUAGUUACAGUCGCGAUAUCUUUGCUACCUGCGUUAUUAGAUAAUUUCUCUGAAAUUUUUGCACUACACGGAGUUGCUCUCCAACGUUUUAACAUAUGCGUGACAUGUACUCAUUUGUAUUGUGUACUUCAAGAAUUAUUGAAUCUUUCUACAAUCCAAAAUAUCCCCGAAAUAAUAUUUGAACAUUUUAUACCAUUUGGACCAAAAGUUUUGCUUUCAGGAUACUGAAGUACAACAAUGCUGUAGUACAUAUGAUAUGGAAAGAGGAGAAAGAAAGGAAAAAAGAAGCACAUUGACGAGUUUGAGCUUCGUAGAGAACUGAGGAAACAAAGGCGGUCAACAGAAUUAUCCGACGAAGAGAUUAUGACUAAAAUAGAGCUACCAGAACAUCCGGAGGAAAUCAGAAUCGGGGGAAUCGAGGGUGGCGGGACGCAAUCCACUCUGAUCGUCAUUGAUGGCAAAGGGACACCAUUGACGGAAGUCAAGGGACCGAGUACCAAUCAUUGGGCACUCGGAAUGGAGGAGACAGCUGCUAGAAUUAACGUCAUGGUGGAACGGGCGAAACAAAAUAUAAAAAUGUCUGAAUUAAUUCCCUUAGAUUGCUUGGGUCUGACUCUAAGCGGAUGUGAAGAGGAAAGUUCCAGUCGUCAAUUAAUAGAAACGAUAAAAGAAAAAUAUCCAAAUGUUGCUAAGGAUUAUUACAUCAAUUCAGAUACCAUGGGUAGUCUCAGAACUGGUUUGGCAAACGGUGGGAUAGUUUUAAUUGCUGGCACCGGCAGCGGCGCGUUGCUGAUCAAUUUGGAUGAAACAACCAUAACAUGCGGCGGAUGGGGACAUUUCAUAGGGGACGAGGGCAGUGCUUUCUGGAUCGCUCAUAGAGCUUGUAAGUAUGUGUUCGACGAUAUCGAUGGCUUGAAUCCAGCACCUAAAUCCAUAAGCUACGUAUGGCCAGCUAUAAGGCAUUAUUUCAAUGUAACCAAUGUGAGAGAAUUAUUGCCGCAUUUUUAUAACGACUUUGAUAAAACCACUUUCGCCAAAUUUACCAUGGAGAUUAUGAUAGGCUGUGAGAAAAAGGACCCACUUUGUUUAUAUAUUCUUCAGGAAAAUGGAAGACAUCUCGCGAAACAUAUUAUAGCCCUUUCGAGGAAAGCCCAUAAUGAUCUCAAGUUAGCUAAAGGCGGAUUGAAAGUUAUUUGCGUGGGAUCAGUUUGGAAAUCGUGGAAUUUUAUGAAAGACACUUUCAUCGAUGAAAUUCACAAGUCCCACGCUUUAGACGAAUUAACUAUGAUCCGCUUAACAGUAUCAGCUGCAUUGGGUGCGUGUUAUCUUGCUGCUGAGAAGAUCGACUGGCUAUUCACGAAAUCUUACGAAGACAAUACCGAAGUGUUUUAUCACUAUAAACGAUCAAAUUAUGUAAAACCAGAAACAACGAAAGACUUGAUAGAGCCAACUGGAGACCAAGUUCCGUGUCCCAAUGUCAUCAAGCAUUGGUAAGCACAGAUAAAAAUAAAAAUAGGAAUAAAGUCUGUAUUUUAUGCUCGCACUUUUCAUAUAUCUUUUAUAUGCAAAAUAUAUAACGUAAUAAUUUUUUAAGUACUGCAGUCGUAGUAUUGAAAUGAUAACUGUAUAUAAUGCUCAAAAAUAAGGAAGAAUAAACUUAUUGUUAAUUAUAA